AUGGUCCGCGUCAGCGUCGUCGGCGUCGCCUUCUUGGCCGCGCUGGGCAUCACUGCGUCGGCCGGCGUCUUCAUGGCGCUCUCGCCGGCCUUUGUGCUCCUGUACCUUCUCGGCCACCGCGUGCCACUCGCUCGGCGUAUCUUUGCCUUUACGCAGCAGCUCGUCCAGGGCAUGUGGCUCGGGAACGCGGCCAUUCUCAUGGAGAAGUGGCAAGGUAUCCACGUCCAAGUCUUCUUGGCGGACGGCAGCGACGCGCCCAAGGCGCAGAAGGACGUGGCCGCGAUGCUCUCGGGCGAGCGGGCCAUUUGGCUCUCGAACCACCGGACGCGGCUCGACUGGAUGCUUCUCUGGAGCUUUGGCCUGCGCAUUCACGCGCUGCACCAGCUCAAGAUCAUCCUCAAGGCAUCGCUCAAGGACAUCCCGGUCUUUGGCUGGGCGAUGCAAAUGUUCCAGUUCAUCUUCCUCACGCGCCAUUGGCAAAACGACCAAGCCUACCUCAACGACGUCUUGGAGCAUCUCACGACGACGGCGCCGAAUGCGAGCUACCUCCUCUUCCCCGAAGGCACCGACUUGAGCGAAUCCAAUCUGGCCCGGAGCAACGCGUUCGCAGCGACAAAGGGCAAGCCGCCACGCCAGUUUACGCUCUACCCGCGCACGACAGGCUGGAACCACAUUGUGCCACGCGUGCGCCACGAGAUCGACGCCGUGUACGACCUCAGCAUGUGCUUUGUCGACCGCGUCGCCGGCCAGCGCGCCAACGAGCCCGAGCUGCUCGCAGGCGCGAUGCCCAAGGCCAUGCACAUUUACGUCCGGCGGUUCCCGAUCGCCGACUUGCCGAGUGACACGGACGGCCUCAACGCGUGGAUGGAGGCCCGGUACGCCGAGAAAGAGGCGCUGCUCGCCGAGUGGUACACCCACGCGCGGCCGCCGAGUGACGCGUGCGUCAUCCUGGACCACGAGCUCUCGUCGACGACGCACCUCAUCCAAGCGUUUUGGGUCCUGCUCUGCGCGAUCUUGCUCGCGGCCGUGUACAGCUACAGCUACAUGCGGCUCUUUGUGGCGCUCUUAUGCUUGGUCCACGUUGCCUUUGCCAAACUGUCGUCCGGUAUCGACCGCUACCUCAUGAGGAUGUCAUAA